AAUGAUCUUUUCUCUCUCGUGGAAGGCGACGGCGCAGCUACCCUAAGGUUUGCCCUGGGGAUGAGAUUUCGGGUUUUGGAUUCGACAAAUUCGUGGCUCGAGGGGACCGGUGAUUGCGGAAGAGAAAGGGAGUAUUCCCAAGGAAUCGAUGAGAUUUGGGAGUAUCCGAUUCAGUCUUCUUUGAAAGAUUUAUAUCCUCAUGAUUUGAGCCUUGUUUUCGGUGGAUUAUGGGGAGAUUUGAUGGCGAUUCACGAAGGUUUUUGGAAGGUUAUUAUGCCGGCAAUCACUCAGCAUAUCAAUCAAGGAUUCGAAUGGUUAAGGAAACGCAAGAGCUACAAAUUGGCUCGUCACGUCGCCAUGUCUCAAAGCCUUUUGCUUCGUUCCGGUUCUAACAAGAAGAUGGUGGCCUCAGUUCCUAAGAGGAAGAUUAAAGUUCCGUUUUUUGAGAAUGCUGCUUUGAUUGAAGGCUACUCCAAGGCGGUGAUCGGUCACUGCGUGAAUCCUCGUCGCCAAGAUAUGAAGUCCCUUCUCCUUAUGCUCCCUCGUAUCUGGCAGCUUGAACAACUGUCCUCCGAAUUGGCUCAUUUGAGGCUAAAGGAAGUUAGAUCCGUGGUGUUUGGUGUCUGAGGAGUUUGUUUUCACCCCUGUCAGCCCCUGUUCGUUGCUGUACUUUCUUGUUUAAGAGGUGAGUGCAGAACCUAGGCUUAUCUAUGUUGUUUGAGUCAUGUUUUGGUUAUUUCUAUGGUUGUUGAUUGAUUUUCUUUGUUUGUAUGCGUGUUUCUUGUGUUGUGGUGCCUCUGGACAAGUCUUGUGGAGUAUAUAUUCGGCCAUGGAUUGAUUGGAGGAGCAGAUCCGUUGAUGAGAAACGAUUGGAGUGAUGUUGGGGCAUCGGUGUCGAUCGACACCAGUGGUGUGUGUCGAUCGAUACCAAUCUUUUGUAUCAGGAGGAUGAUCGCGAUUGUUGAUCGACACAAGUUGCGAGUGUCGAUCGACACUACUCGUCAUGUCAGAUUAUGUGGUCAUUUGUAUUGUCAUUUUAUGAUUGUUGGUUAUUGCUUGGAUGUGAAUUAUGCUGCUUGUGUAUUAUAGCAAUUUGUGGGGAUGAAUGCCUCACUAAGUAUUUAUGAAAUACUUAUGCAUCUCUUUUUGUGAUGCAUGUAAAGGAAAUGUGUGAUCGUGGAAUCAUGGGGAGGAGAGAAUAAUGAUAUGGGGACUCGCUGGUUGUGUCGUGAUUUUAUGUUAUUGUAUUGUUAGGUUGUUUGUUAGGUUGUUAGUCUGGAAUCUAGAAACAUGUUAGGAUGCUUUUCUAUUUCUGGAUAAUGACUGGUUUGAAUAUUGUUGGAAUGCUGGUUUAAUAUUGCAAUUGAAUUACUUGGAUUGUUUGG